GGAGCACGGUGCUCUCGUUCAGCCCGUCUUCAGGAAUGAAGCUGAUGCGCCCCACGUGUUGGUGGUGGGCUCGCUGUGCUGUUGGUAACGGGGCAGCCGCUCUCUGCCCUACCAUGGCUCUGUCCUGUGCGCUGAGGCUACGGCACCGGCCCCUUUUGAGUGCUCUCCUGAGCAGCCUGCCUGGCUGGGACCGUAGCUUGCCGGCACAGAAGGCAGCAGCACAGCGGAAGGAGAAGGGACAGGGCGGUGAGGACCACAGCCUGCCCUGUGCCUCUUGGGAGGAGAGGUUAGCAAAUGCAGUGACUCCACUGUGGAGAUUUCCCUAUCAAGAGCAGCUGCAGGUGAAGUAUGAAAGCCAGAGGAAGAUUUUGCAGACGCUGGCAUCUUGUCUUGAGAAGCUGGGCAUAGACACACAGCAGCCUGGUGGACUCUGCUGUCCUCUCCAGCCUAUAGUCCCGUCGCCUGUCAUUAAUGGCUACCGAAACAAAUCUACUUUCUCUGUGAACCGAGGACCAGAUGGGAACCCCAAAACCGUGGGGUUCUAUGUGGGAACCGGCAAAGCAAGAAAUAUUGUCUGUGUGAAAGCCAACCACAUAGAGAACAUACCCCUAAAACACAAACAAGUAGCCCAGUGCUAUGAGGACUUCAUCCGCAACUCCCCCCUGGACUCCUGCCUCCUCUUCCACGAAGGCGGCCACUGGCGGGAGCUCGUGGUGCGCACCACCAGCUAUGGUCACACCAUGGCUAUCAUCACCUUCCACCCGCAGGACCUGGGCCAAGAGGAGCUGGCUACUCAGAAAUCCUUGCUUAAGGAAUUCUUCACGUGUGGACCUGGAGCUGUCUGUGCCUUGACUUCACUUUAUUUCCAAGAGAGCACCAUGACACGCUGCUCCCACGAGCAGGCCCCCUUCCAGCUCCUUCAUGGAGAGCCACACAUCUUUGAAGAAGUGCUUGGCCUCAAGUUUCGCAUCUCUCCGGAUGCCUUCUUCCAAGUAAACACGGCUGGAGCAGAAGCUCUGUACCAGACAGUCGGGGAGCUGGGUCAGGUUGGUGGGGACACCAUCCUCCUGGACAUCUGCUGUGGAACGGGCGCAAUAGGUCUCUCUCUGGCUCGCCAAGUGUCCAAGAUUAUUGGUAUUGAGGUGGUGGAGAAGGCUAUAGAGGAUGCCAGAUGGAAUGCAGCAUUCAAUGGAAUUUCAAACUGUGAGUUUCACAGUGGAAAGGCAGAGGCUGUGUUACCACAACUCCUGUCGUCGUGGGAGGAUGCCCGACCCGUUGUUGCUGUGGUGAACCCAUCCCGGGCUGGGCUCCAUUACAGGGUUGUGCGAGCCAUCCGAAACUGCAAGUCCAUCCGAAGGCUGAUCUACAUCUCCUGCAAGCCAGAGGGUGAAGCAAUGAGGAACUUUACUGAGUUCUGCUGCCCACCUGACCCAAGGAAGAAACUGUUAGGAGACCCAUUUACCCCCACGUUGGCUAUACCUUUUGAUAUGUUUCCUCAUACUGUUCAUUGUGAGCUGGUGCUGCUGCUAACCCGCUGACAAGGACAUAGGUAUACCAGCUCUGAGAGCUUGGGAAGCAACCUCCUGCAGUACUGAAGCCUGGAGUCUACGCAGUGAUGGAUUUUAACUUAUUUUCUUGACAUUUGUAUUUAAAAAAUAAAUAAUUUUGCUUUA